UGGAACUUUAGUUUAAGUGAAUAAGCUUUAAGUUAUUCUAGUCAUAACAUACCAAAGAACACCAGUUUAAAACUAUGUGCCUAUAAGUUUAAAAAUACUCAAAAUCUAAUUUACUGCUAUAGCAAAUAGAGUGAAAAAAUAAGAUAAGUGUUAUAAAUAAACAAGUGAAAGCGUCUAAAGACUUAAGUGAAGUUUAGUGUUAGUGUGUACAGUGGCAGUGUUAUUGUGAGUGAAGUGAAAAAGAAAGAAAUCAAGAUGCUGCCAGUACCGCAGGAUCGCAUGUCUGGUCGCAGGAGCAGUUCCAUCGUCAGCCGAACAUUGCUUGGACGGAGAGCGUCGGUCUACGUCACAGGGGCUCAUCAGGACCCUGCCAAGCUAAUAACCGAGAUCAACGUCCAACUGGCGUUGUUCCGGGACCUGCUGAUCCACAUCGGGCAGUCGCAUGACUGCCCGGAGUUGCGCGAGCGCGUGCGCCGCCUGCGCCGCGCGUGCGUGGAGGCCACGAAGCAGACCAGCCAGCUCGUGCUGCCUAACUGUAAGAAGUCCACGAGCGAAGGGUGCUCCGAGCAGCCACAGAUGGUGCUGCUCUACUUUAUGGCGCAGCUGCUUCUGAGGGAACUGGCCAAGUGCCAUCGGCUGGUCCAACUCGUGCCCAUGGAUAUGACGUCAUAUUAUGAAAAUCGAGCGGGCCCGUCGAAUUUCGGAAACGUCAUCAGUCAAAUUCUGCUGUGCAAGCAGAUCACGCCUGACUUCAACCAAGAGGAGCUGUGCAGCAUCGCCAAAGACACGCAGGAGAUCACCAGGAUAGUCAACGACAUCCAGGAGUACCUGCCGCAGCAUGAAAGCCUCAACCAUUUAGAGACGAACGUUGCGCUGAAAGGUGACGACGUUAGCGGCCUAUGGAGGAACAAAAGGCGGGGCUCCAUGUACAAAGGCAUGGGAGUGCUUUGUUGUGUUUCGAGGCCCAACUACCUCUGAGGGUGACGAGGCUCGCCGACGCGGCGGCCCAGCAUGCACACGGACUGAUCCCCAUCUGUGAACGUGCUUACCUAUUCCGAAAACUAAAAACGUGUUCAGUGAAGUUUAGGCCACGAGAACUCUAUGACUACAGAAUCAGUAUUCCUAGGUAGUGAGUCCGCAGUGAACACUGCACGUAUUUGUGUAUAAUACACAUAAAUUAGCCGAGUUAAGGUUAAAGUUAAUUAAUUACGACAAUUUGUCACAGGAUUGGACACCAAGUUAGAAGAUAUAAAUUAAACAAUCGAAUGUUCAAACUACCAUCAGACAUAUUUUUUGUAAUCAACGCCAAUGAAAGUUUGGAAUAUUGGAAAAUUUGAUUUACAAUGCGUGAGAGUAUAAAUGAAAACAGAUUACAUGAAUAUUUAUAUCAGAGUAGUGGAACGCGCUCGUGAUUCGGGCGUACUAGUACUUAGUACAUUAUAUACGCCCAAGUAUAGUACAUAUUAAGUGAUAUAAUAGUGGAUGUAUGCAUGUUUGUACGAGUACGCUGUACAGAAUAGUAAAUGAAAGGGUCCAUUGUUUAAAUUAGACGAUAAAUAUCUAACGAUGGUGGAGAUUCAAGUAUGUACAGUAAUCGCCAACUGCGCGUAGUUCAAUUGAUAUGUAGGUAGCUAUUAAUUAUAAUGAGUAUACUAAAAUCAAUAAUUAAUUAUACACCUAAUUAGAAAGAGUUAUUGUGAAUUGCCUGGAAUGGGAUCAAUUGCGUUUAAGUAGAAUUAAAUUGAAAUUGUUAUAUUUCUUUGCACAAUAUCUCAUAAUUCCUUUAUUUUACCACCAUUUGACUCCAAUUACUUUAAGAUAUUAAUAACGGCCAUUGUUUUAGUCGUAGAUCUUCUUGAAUACGUUUUUAUACUUCUGUAUCUAUAUGCCUUAUCUUUAUUAUUUUAGCUCAAAAUUUUUAAACUGAUAAUUAUUAACUAUAACACAUAUAAAAUAAUAAAUUUAAAAAGACUUAGGUUAAAUUAGAAACAUAAUGAUCUUCAUCACAUUAUUAUCAGCACAUAUAAUUUUAAUUAGACUGAAAAAAAUUGUUAAACUUGUUGAACACGAGGUAUACCAUGCAAGUUUUCAUCAAACUAGAUACAUUAUUAUGUUAAACAUAUGUGUUUAUUAUACCAUUUAAUAGAUAGUUUUUUUAUACAUAAAAAGUUAAUAAAUAAAGUUUACCAGCAUCUAAAUACACCCGAACAAAGCUAGUAGGCAAGUAAUAUUUUUUAAUCAACCCUGCAGCGAAAGCCUCGUAGUGAGCGUCCAUUGCCGCAGUUAACGUGUGGGGUUUAAAAAUAACCUCGUAAAGGUCAAUUCUAUUAAUUUAUUUUUUAAAAGCAAUAAUGCUAUGCUUUAUUGUUGCAAUUGUGAUAAUAAACAAUAAACUAUUAGGCUGAGUUGCACCAUCUUACCUUAACUUUGAUAAACGUCAAAUAUCUGUCAAAUUCCAUACGAAAAGCACCGGUUAUUUGUUAAUGUUACGGUUAAAAUAAGUUGAUGCAAGCCUUAGAAAUACAAAGUCUAGACCGAUGGUAAUACCUAUUCAAAAUCCCCAAUUUUCGACUUUGAUCUGAUAGAAGUGAAAAAAUGAGAGUUAGGAUAUAUGCACAUUGAACUCUACGAUAGAGGCAUGUAUUUUCGUUUAUUAAUUACUUCUGUAUUAACAAUAACUACCUAAACAAACAAAAAUAAAUCGCAACACAAUCUAAAAAC